ACGGAUAGUACCGAGUUUAGCCGAUUGUGAGCGAUGUUACGUCCGUGUAAACCGUAACAUAGCGUUAGCUGUCGAGCUAAUAAGCUCAGUGUUUCGCGGUGUAUCUUUUAGCUAUAUUUGCAGAACAACCGAAGACUGUACAGAUCUGACAUAAUGGACAGCGAAAUGUCUGACAUUGACCCUAUACCUGGGCCUGAGACCAGCAGUAUGGAGGGGGAGAACGCACCACUGUACUGUAUCUGCCGGAAACCAGACAUCAACUGCUUCAUGAUUGGCUGCGAUAACUGUAAUGAGUGGUUCCAUGGCCACUGCAUUAACAUCACCGAGAAGAAGGCGAAGGCAAUCCGAGAAUGGUACUGCAUGAGAUGCAGAGAUAAAAACCCUACACUGGAAAUAAAGUAUAGAUCAAAGAAAAGCCGCGAGAAGGAAGCGGAGGCUGACAGAGAAACACAGUACAGCACCCCAAGUACUCCAGACUAUAAGAGUGAAAGGCGGCGUGGAUCUAAAGUAAAGCGGUCCGUCCGAAUGUGUGGGGAAUGUGAGCCCUGCAGAAGGACUGAGGACUGUGCUCAGUGUGACUUCUGCAAGGACAUGAAGAAGUUUGGAGGUCCCAACAAAAUCAGACAGAAGUGCAGGUUUAGGCAAUGCGAGGUUCGAGCCAGGAAAAUGCUCCGCGUGAAGGAUGAGGAAAUGUCUUUGCAAGAAAGGAGGGACAACUACCACAGACGGAGACGGUACUCCGACGACUACGACAGUGAGGCGGAUCUCUACCAGCAAUACAAGGCAGCGGGACUUGACAGCAACAUGGUGUGGGCUAGUGACGACGACGAUGAGCCACCUUUUAGUCCUGUCAUGCGUAAGAAAGCUGUGAAGGUGAAGCACGUCAAGAGACGAGAAAAGAAGUUUGACAAGAAAAAGGAGUCACGACGGCACAAACAGAAGCAGAAGCACAAAGACAGAACUAGAUACAGUGAGAAGGGCGACCUCCGGGAUAACGGAGGGCAGCGUCAGUGUCUGGGGCCAAGCUGUGUGGAGGCAGCUAGAUCCAACUCCAAGUACUGCUCUGAGGACUGUGGCAUGAAGUUAGCUGCCAACCGGAUCUAUGAGAUCCUCCCUCAGCGCAUACAGCAGUGGCAGCAGAGUCCAUGCAUCGCUGAGGAGCAUGGUAAGAAGCAGCUGGAGCGCAUCCGUCGGGAACAGCAGAACGCCCGGCUCCGCCUUACAGAGAUGGAGCGACGCUUCCACGAACUGGAAGGCAUCAUCGCUAAGGCCAAGCAGCAGGCGGUUCAGCAGGACGAGGAGGUGAAUGAAGGUGAUAGCGAGGACACAGACCUGCAGAUUUUCUGUGUGUCUUGUAGUCAUCCCAUCAAUCCAAAAGUGGCACUGAGACAUAUGGAGAGAUGUUACGCAAAGUAUGAGAGUCAGACCUCCUUUGGUUCUAUGUACCCUACAAGAAUAGAAGGAGCAACCAGACUCUUCUGCGAUGUGUACAAUCCCCAAAGCAAAACAUAUUGUAAGAGGCUUCAGGUUUUGUGUCCAGAGCAUUCCAGAGAUCCUAAGGUCCCAGUGGAUGAGGUGUGUGGGUGUCCUCUGGUGAAGAAUGUGUUUGAGCUGACGGGAGAUUACUGCAGGGUCUCUAAAAGGAAAUGCAACAAACAUUACAACUGGGAAAAGCUCAGGAGAGCAGAGGUGGACUUGGAACGAGUGAGGGUGUGGUACAAGUUGGACGAGCUCUUUGAACAGGAGCGUAACGUCAGGACUGCUAUGACCAACAGAGCUGGCCUUCUCGCUCUGAUGUUGCACCAAACCAUUCAGCACGACCCGCUGACAACCGAUCUGCGGUGCAACAAGGAUAGGUAGUCGACCUAGUCUGCAUCAGUCUGUCGAACACUGUACAUAACGUGAGAUUUGAGUGUUGAAGAUUUAAACUUGUAGAACAAUAACAUCCAUGUGGAUGAUUUUAUAACUAGAAUUUUUUUUAUCUUUGUAUGAUACUAAACUAUAAAAGGUAAAUGGAUCCAUAUUUUUCCUGACUGUGGUAGAUGAACUACUGCUGAUUGAAAACUGCUGUUUUUGGUAUGAUGGCUCUAAAUAAACACCUCAAACAUGC